CUGCCAUAUUAUUUGUUCAAUUUUCUUCAAGCGUGGCUUGCGGCACUAAAAGGUAAUUUUACCAACAAAUACCACUCCCUGGGUCCCCAAAGUACCCCCCAAGUGUUCCCCGAACAUUUUCCCGUAGGCACCGUGUGGAAAAUCCCGGCAAAAAUGAGUAGCUCCGAGGAGGUGUCAUGGAUUUCAUGGUUCUGUGGUCUUCGAGGCAAUGAAUUCUUCUGUGAGGUCGAUGAGGACUACAUUCAGGAUAAAUUCAAUUUGACUGGACUCAAUGAGCAAGUUCCGAACUACAGGCAAGCACUAGAUAUGAUUCUUGAUCUCGAACCCGAGGACGAACUCGAUGAUAACCCCAACCAGUCUGAUUUGAUUGAACAGGCAGCUGAGAUGCUGUAUGGAUUAAUCCAUGCCAGAUACAUCCUUACAAAUCGCGGAAUUGCUCAAAUGAUAGAAAAAUAUCAAACUGGUGACUUUGGUGUUUGCCCACGAGUGUACUGUGAGAGUCAACCAAUGUUGCCAUUAGGUUUAUCAGAUGUCCCAGGAGAGGCAAUGGUGAAGUCCUACUGUCCGAAAUGCGUUGAUGUCUACACACCGAAAUCAUCACGGCACCACCAUACGGAUGGGGCUUACUUUGGCACCGGAUUCCCGCACAUGCUCUUCAUGGUGCAUCCAGAGUAUCGUCCCAAACGUCCGACAAAUCAAUUUGUGCCACGUUUAUAUGGCUUCAAGAUUCAUUCCCUCGCUUAUCAAAUUCAGCUGCAGCAUGCAGCCAACUUUAAGGCUCCACAACGAGCGGUAAAUUAUAAAAAUGGAAAUCGCAGCUACAUACAAAAUUGAAAGGACAUCAAAUAGCGUGCUUUAUAAUUUCGUUUUCCUUCCCAUCCCCCCUUUUUUUAAAACUCUUAAUUAUUCAUUUAAAAAAAUAUAUGGUUUUGAUGAGAGAGAGAGAUCACUUAGGCGAGGAAAGAAAAAUUUCUCAUACGGCAAAAUGGAGAGAUGUGAAAAUUUAGUGAAGAAAUAAGCAAAAAAAAAUGAAAGAAGUAGGAUGAAGAAAAGAAAAGACGAGGACUGCAUUCUGGAGAAAAUGCAGUAGAGAUGAUGAAUGAGAGAGAAAAGAAAGAAAGAAAGGCUUCUCACCCACACAAGAAAGGCGGAACAAAUUGAGAGAAAAAUGAGGAGACAUCGGAAAUGUGGAUGACUUUUUUUUAUUAAAUAUAAAUACAAAUUAUUUAGUUAAUAUUAAACAAUUUACAUUUUAAUUUAUAUUGUAUAAAUUAAUGAAGUUUUUUCUUGUAAAAUAUUUUACAUUGAACUUCAGCAAUUUUAAAAACAAAAAGAAUUGAUCAUUAUUGCAAUCGAUUUUACAAAAAACUUGGUACUUUUUUACAACAAAAUAAUUAACAAAAAAUUGCUUUGACUUUGCAAAAUUAUUUUUUUAGCAAAUAAAAAAACAAACACCAAAUGCAGUCCUAAGUUUUGUAGUAAAAAUCGAUAACAAUAAAAAGGGAAUCCUAAAUUUGAAGAUUUAGAGAUAAAAUUUCAAAUAGUUUUUAUGAAUUUAAUAUUGAGAGAGUAAGAAGAUCAGGUUCAGUAGAAGAGAAAUCAUUAGAUGAAAUCAAUGUAAACAAAAAAAAAAUAAAAUAAAAAUCAUUGAAACCCUCAAAA